ACUUUUCAGAAAAAUUGAAGAAUAGCAAAAAAUAAUAAUUAAUCUUUAUCUCCCAAAAAAAAAGUUCAAAAAAAACAAAAGGAAAAGCCUUGGUUUUCAGCUACUACGAAGUUUCUGACAGUUGUUCUUCCUCUGAAAUUUGUAAUUCUCUGGUUUCUUUGAAAGGUACAUACCAAUUCUUCCUUUUUUUUUUAUUUUAGAUUCUGAUUCAAUAAAAAAUAUUAUCUUUGAUAAAAUAAUACCUUGUGAUCUCUAAAGAAUUCAGGAAGAAGUUGGAGUUUGUAGGUUGUAAAGGUGCAGGUUUUUCUCUCUCUUUGGGCCUUUCUUUCAUUUAAUUCAUACCUUUGUGGAGUUCAUUCAACAGAAAGAGGAAUUGGGUACCUCGAAUUUGGUUUUCUUAGGGCUCUGUUUAAGUUUUGUGAUGGAAAUAUGGGGAGUUGAGCUGCAACCAUGGAAGCAUGAGGUUUGGGUCCCUUGAAUUCUGAUAAAAUUUGAACCUUCUGGGCUCUGUUUCAGUUUUUUGUGGGAAAUAAAGGGUUUUUGGUUCCUAAUAAGGAGGUAUGUGGAUUUGGUUGCCUCGAAUUCUUAUGUAAUUCGAUGUUCUAAUGGGUCGGCUGAUAUUUUUACUGUAAGUAUGUGAAAAUAAUUAUGGUGUCAUGAUGAUUUUUUUGUGGUUUUCAGGCAAUUGUUUUAUAUUUUUUCAUUUUGAUGAAGAGAAAUGCUGAAAGUUCUGGUCUUUGAGGAAAAUUCUUUGUUUUUUAUGUACAAUCUCAUGAAUUGAACAUCUAUUUAGUCUUUUGAAAGCAGCGGGCAUCACUAGGCUUUCUAUUUCAGUGUCUUGAGUUUCGGAAUUGAUAAUAAUCUUGAGUUCCUCCACCCCACAAAAACCAGUCCAUAAGUUUUGGGCUCAGCUUCUUCUCAAAUAAAUGGCAGCUUUGGGUUCUAGAGUAGGCGAUCAAAAGGCUUUACAACUAUGCAAAGAAAGGAAACGCCUCAUGAAACAUGCCCAUGAAGGGAGGUCUGCUCUGGCAGCUUCCCAUGUAUCAUAUAUUCAGUCCCUUAAGAACAUAGGAACUGCAGUUAGGCAAUUUGUAGAGGUCGAAAUCGUAACCGAGUCUUCCUUGAACACUUCGACUGCUGCAACUCCUGAGCCUCCUGCUCUAAUCGAGAAGUCUCUCUCUGACUUCUCGAUCCCAUCUCCUUAUCCAACUCAGCACAUUGAAACCAAUGAAACCCAUUAUUCUCCGACUCCUUCUUCACCGGAUUCUGGCAGGUUUGGCCUGAAUUACUCAAAAUCUGGUGAAGAUUCGACCGUUACCAUUGAAGAACGGCCUCAAUUUCCAGUCACUGUUGCGUCACAGUCUGAUUCUGCUAGGCCCCAUGAAUCCAUAUUGAGACCAACUAGGACUUCAGAGCUUGUGACUUCAGUAAAUACUUUGCUUCCUCCUCCUCCUCCUCCUCCUCCAUCAUAUGAUUUCUUCUGUCUAGGCAAUGAAAACCAACUAUCACCUCGUAGGGAUCCGAGUGAUGAUAAAGAAAUUUUUAGACGAUUUGGAGAAAAAGAGGGGAUUUCUGAUUCGGAUGAAGAAGGGGAGAAGAUGGUUAGGAGGCCUCGAAAGACCUCAUCUCUACCCCCGCUGAGAUCAUGGAAAUGUUUUGACGAGGAGAGAGAAAGAGAAUUCUCUUUUACUGAGAGGAUUAGUGAUGACGAAGAAGAUAUGCAGAGGCUUAGAACGGAAGAGGGGAUACCUGAAUUGGAGGAGGAUGGGGAGGAGGGAAGGCUUAACAUGGAAGGAAUGGAUCGAGAAAGUAGUCCUGUUCUCCAUGCAUUGAAAAUUAAAAGGGAACAGGGUUCUCCUUCACUGAAUCAUAGGCAUUUAAGAGGAAACAAAAUGAUUGAGAAUGAAUCAAUUGGAUCUAAUGAAAUGCCAUACAAGGAAACUCAAUCAGUGGGUUCAGUCGUUGGAGUUGCAAUUCAAGCAGGAGAUAAAGAAGCAGCUGAGACUCAAAGAGACUCAAAGAUUGAAGUUACACCAAAAGAUUUCUUGACGAGCAUGAAGGAAAUUGAAGGCCUCUUUGUGGAUGCUUCUGAGUCAGGGAAGAAGGUCUCCAAAAUGCUCGAGGCGACUAAAUGGAGCUAUCAAUCAAGAUUAGCCGAGGUAAAAGCACGUAAAUCACUGGCAUCUAAACUUCUCUCAUCAUGUCUAGAAUGUUGGAAGGGGGAGCCUCCACUAGUUCCACCAGAACCUGUUCCCAGUGGCGUGAAGUUCCUAACCUGGCAUAGGUCGGGAUCAUCUCGCUCUUCAUCAUCCAGAUAUCCUAUUGGCAUGACCGCAAAAGAUGAAAUGGAUGACAGCAGCAGUGAUCCUAUUGAAGAUUUUUGCAUGAUUUCAGGGAGUCAUGCAUCUACUCUCGACCGACUUUUUGCAUGGGAGAGAAAGCUUUAUGAUGAAGUCAAGGCUCUCGAUUUCAUUGGGAAGGAGUAUAAGAGGAAAUGCACACAACUUAGACACCAACAAGCGAGGGAUGAAAAUGAAACGAAAGUCAAUGCAACACGAGCUGGUGUUAAGGAGCUCUAUUCACGGAUCAUGGUUUCUAUUCAUGUGAUCGAAUCCAUAUCAAAGAGAAUUGAAAAGUUAAGGGAUGAAGAGCUGCACCCGCAACUUCAGGAGCUCUUUCAGGGUUUGCUUGAAAUGUGGAGUACAAUGCAUGAGCGCCACAACCUUCAACUUCAGAUAAUCUCAGUAGCUUAUGUGACAGUAAGCUCCACACUUCCAGUGCAAUCUGAACAUCAGCAGCAAGCAGCUGCUCAUCUCGAAUUUGAGCUCUAUUCUCUCUCCUCAAGCUUUGUGAAAUGGAUUGAAUCCCACAAAUCUUAUAUUCUCUCUCUCCAUGGAUGGCUCAUGAAGUGUAUCUUGCCCCCUCAAGAGAAGUCUAGUAAGGGGAGGAGAUCAACGUCUUGGUCAGGCAGGGGUCAUCAUCCUGACCCCCCCAUAUUUGUAAUGGUUCGUGAAUGGUCGGAGUCUCUCAAAGCCUCUCGGGUAAAGGAAGUCGCAGAUUCCAUCAAAGAAUUGGCAGCAAAAACCCAUCAAUUUCUACCAACCCAAGAUGACAAUUCUCGAAACAAUUUGAAGAGAGUGAUCAGUAAAAGCUCUUCAUCAUUGGGUUUGAAUAGAACUUUGUCUUACCCUGCUGGAAAUCCUGGCUUGAGUGGCUUUCGAUCGAGCUUGGAGCCCAUGUUUGAGAAGUUGAAAGCAUUCUCAGAUUCCUCAGUAAAAGAGUAUGAAAGAAUAACUAAAGAGGUCGGGCACGCUCGAAAAGUUUAUGAAAGUGGGACAAAGCGGAUGUAUAGUAAUGGAAGCACUGGGAAUGUGUCUAUACAUUGAUCAAUAACAAGAAGGCCAUGCUUUUAUUCUCUCAUGUUAUGUUUGAGGAGUUAUUAAAAACAUGCUUUGGGUUCUUCAACAUUGGACCCAUGAAUUUACUGAAACUUUUGUAAGUAGUAGAAGGAGAAGGGAGUCUGUGAAGUAAAUUGAUAUGACAUUCACUUAUCUGUAUUGUAUUUGUUUAGAGUACCCACUUGAAUGGCCCAUUUCAACUAUGAUGCCCUAUGAAAAGGAGAUGAGACGAUGAUCUUACUAUCAUGCAUAUGUUAUUGUUAUCAUACCAAUCCCUGACUCAAGUGGGGUUGCUAAGAGUUUUGGUUGUUAUUGUGAUUUGUAGGUAUGCAAUGCUUGAUUUUUAGUUUGUAAGAAUGUGUUCAUAUGUACUAUGUAUUUAUUCAAGUCAAAAUAAAGAGUUUUCCCUCUC